UGAGACAAGUGUCAACAACAUCGGUCUGUCCUCCUUACUUACAGCUCUAUAUGUGUGUUUGUCUUGGUGCUGCCUGGGUAUGAGGCAAUGACCAGCCGCCGUGUUGUGCAGCGAAGGACGCUGAUCAACAUGAGAGCAGUUCUGUCGGCAGAUAGUUUGGCUCAGUGAAAAUAUUCAACGUAUUCCAGGCGUUUUGGACGAUACCGAGACGGCCAAAGUUUUCCAGAGAUUGUCUACAUGGACUAGUAGGAAAGUCGACUCCAUGGCAUCGAGGAGAGGAAGUGUAGGGGAGGGCGUGGAAGUGACGGAUGCUGGCGCCAUGGUGGAUAUAUAAGUCCUCCCUGGAUUGUUUAACAUAAUACAUCGACCCAGGCUCCCAUGCUGGUCGCACCACCACCACCCGAGUCCUCAGUGCCGUGACAACACACCCAUCAUCCACCGCUGGCUCCCCGGAGUGCCCUUGCUCAGCCGCUUGCAAGGGGAAGAUGUGGGUGUCCGUGGGGGUGGUGUGCGGUGUGUGGGCGUGCGUGGGCGGGACGCUGAGGUCCUCAGACCCCAGCGUGGUACACCAGGACCACGAUUUCCCGCAGCUCGACCCCGCCAACCUCCCAGACCUUCCACUGGGCAACGCUGACUCUAUUGAGAGCGACAUCUUGGGCGAACCUCUCACACCUGACGACUUCAGCAACAUCAGCGAUGACAUGUUGCACGACCCGGUGGACGUGCUCUCCGCCUACGACCCCAUCAUGCUGGCGGGGCUGUACCAGGGCGACAUCAGGCUGGGCUCACAGCAGGAGCUGAAGGACAUGCUGAUGGGAGUACCGGAACCGAGGAACGCCAUGGCGGAGAUGGAGAACCGUUGGCCCAACGGUGUCAUCCCCUACGUCAUCUCCCAGUCAUUCAACACCCAGGAGCGAGCGGUGGUCGCCAUGUCCAUUAAGAACUACGAGGAGCUCACUUGCAUCCGCUUCGUGCCCCGGCAGGUGGAGCAAGACUACAUCCACCUCAUCAAGGGCGAUGGGUGUUCGAGUUCUGUGGGGCGGAAAGGAGGAGCCCAGCCGGUGUCUCUGGGCCCCGGCUGCAUCUACGUGGGUGUUGUUAUGCACGAGUUGAUGCACGCUAUUGGCUUCUGGCACGAGCACUCCCGCCCUGACCGCGACAAACACAUCAACAUCGUGUGGAACAACAUCAAGACCGGCAUGGAUUACAACUUCCAGGCCUUCACCUGGAAUAAGGUCCAGACUCUGGGUGUUGAAUACGAUGUUGGGUCGAUUAUGCAUUAUGGAUCUAAUGCCUUCGCUAAGGAUCCAUCUCAGCCAACCAUCGUCGCCAAACAUUCCCAGGCAGAAAUGGGCCAGAGGAAAGCAUUAUCUAUGAGUGACAAGAAAAAAGUUAAUUUGCUGUACUGUAAGGAUACCCCAGUUGGUACCGGGACCACCUCGCCUGUUGUGGCAGGCUUAUGUACGGACAACCACCAGUACUGCAGCUCCUGGGCCAAGGCUGGCGAGUGUACGAAGAAUCCAACCUACAUGGGCGAUAAGUGCUGUCGUUCGUGCCACGGCGCCGGCGGCUCUCCAGGGUGCGUAGAUAAGCAACAGCACUGCGCAGCCUGGAGUAAGAUAGGCGAGUGCACCAAGAAUCCUUCCUACAUGUCGAUGUCUUGCCAGAAGUCGUGCGGCACAUGUCACAAAAAGCGCAGUGACCCGCCAGGCGCUCCUGUUGCGUGUGAGGACAGUGACCCGCAGUGCAAGGACUUUGCCGCCAGUGACCAGUGCCGCGUGAACCCGGAGUACAUGCUGGUGGCGUGCAAGAAGUCGUGCGGGCAGUGCUAGUGUGGCCAGCUUCCACACCACACGUGCCGCAGCUCCCGUCCCAGGCGUACUCUACCUUCCAGCUUCUUCAUCACCCCUGCAAGUUGUUGUUUGGCCCCGUCCCUGUGAUCUCCGCGUCCCUGUGAUCUCCGCCUCCCUGUGAUCUCCGCCUCCCUGUGAUCUCCGCGUCCCUGUGAUCUCCGCCUCCCUGUGAUCUCCGCGUCCCUGUGAUCUCCGCGUCCCUGUGAUCUCCGCGCUGCGCGUACCGCCAACUCUCUGCAAGUUGACGGUGAUACACACACUCACGAGACCAACUUCAAGUCCUGUGAACAUUCCUCCAUAUGUGCAGCUUAUGGACUUGCCUCCUGAACAGUUAGGCUACAUAUCUUGAGGGAAGUGGUAGCCAUUUUGACCAAUACACCGCUGGUGUCCCAUAGGUAAUAAUAUCCGCUGGUUCUAUACAAGAAACCAAGACUUUGAAAUAAUAAUUUUAUCUUCUAGAUAAAAUAAUAACUGCGAGACUCCUGUCCUCAACACUUCAUUCUAUGCACUACAUUCUAUGCACUACAUUCUAUGCACUACAUUUCCUGCAUUACAAAUCUUGUUCAUUUCAUCGCCAUAAGUACCAUGUUUUGUACCAUUCCUUCUGCAAGACAAAAGAAAUCCUGGCACUAUCUGCCUCAAUACUACCACACAUGCAAUUGUUAUGGAAAUUAGUAGUCCAAUAUGACUCCACAACAUACAUGCUACAAGCAGAAAUGAAGUUCGAGGUUGUGGUUGUCUAAGCUACAUUAAUUACCACAAAACGUGUACUUUUAUAUACUUUAGAAGUUACUGUUCCUGCCAAUUUGAGCAUUACACACAUUACAAGACCGACAGAAACAAUUAAUACAGCCCAUUUCAAGCAAGAGCACUCCAAGCCGUAAACAUUGCCAUUUCUUUCAAUUUCUACGUCAAAAGUAGUGCGAAAUCUCAACUUUCCCCAAAUCACCAGGAAUAUUUGUUUGUUCGCUGGAUAACAGUAAACUUCCAUACUUGUAAGACGAGUUAUUAGGAUUUGAUUUAGGAGAGUGUAAGAAGUGUAACUCAAGAGAGGAUAUCCUUGUGUAGAGUGAUCAGUUGUAAGAAAUGGUGACGGUCACUGAAUGAACAUCACGACAUUACGAUAAUAAAAUUGUUUUAACACCAA